AUGUUGGUGAUCUUCAUGUGUUUCUGGGAGCAGAAACAGUAUUCCAUGCUGUUGAGGGACAUGGAAAUUGAUAACAGGAAGGAAAGGCUUUUCAUUAAAGUGCUGCUAGUGCUGUUGCUGCUGCUUUUACUGCUGAAAUACAAUGUGGGCAAGAAGCAUUCCAUUAAUUGCGCCACAGAAUUAAUGGACCCUCUUCCUAUAGCUCAUCAAUUUGCUCAGCCUGGUGACCUCGCCAUUGGAGGGAUCGUGUCUCAGGUCUACCUAGUGCAUGAGACUCCUUCUUUUGAGAAACAGCCUUCGCAGAUGCUGAUCAAUGAACCUUUAUCAAAGCCAAAGAACUACCAGCAUAUCUUGGCCUUGGCAUUUGCAAUAAAAGAAAUUAAUGAGAAUCCCCAUAUCUUACCAAACAUAACACUGGGGUUCCAUAUCCUCAACAGCUACUAUAAUGCAAGGAUGACCAAUAAAGCCAUCCUGAGUUUGCUUUCCACACAACAGUGGUGUGUCCCCAACUUCAAGUGUGCUAUUUUGAAAAACCCAAUAGCUAUUAUUGGAGGACUUGAUUCUGAAACAUCAGUCAAUAUGGCCACCAUCAUAGGCAACUACAAGAUGCCACAGGGUGAUAGUGAGAAUUUUUGUACAGGUGAAGAGAAGCUGGAAACACUUCCUUGGAUUUUGUUUGAGAUGGGCAUGACUGGCCACAGCUACAAUGUCUACAAUGCUGUCUAUGCUGUGGCAUAUGCUUUGCAGACCAUACACCUAUCCAGAUCAUACCACAGACAACUGUUAAAUGGAGAGCAGAUGGUGGUUCAGAAUGUACAGCCAUGGCAGCAGAUCGUGUCUGCUGCGUCCGGAGCAGUCGGAGUGGCUCGUUGGGAGCUGGCAGUUAACGAGGGCAGCUUCGAGCGACGGUUUGGCUGCGGCGCGAUCCACGCCGUAUUUUUGGGAGCAUCGGUGGUUUCCUCUGUCCCGGGUAUCGAGCUCGAUACUGUGCGCCAGUUAUUCAGGUUGCCAGAGGAGAAGCGGGAGAGCCUUUUGGCUCGAGUUAAGUUAGUGCGGAGUAAGCGCAAGGUCACCCUCCUUGAGUUGCAGCAGUUGAUGGGUCACCUGAACUUUGCAUGCAAACAUGUUCCUGGCAUUUGUAAUGGAGUGGUGGACGCCCAGAUGGUGCGCUUUCGCCAGUUAGCUCCAGAGGCCGACCUGUUUCCCAUGCACAUCCCAGCAGAAUUGUGGCAGAUUGGAGGCAUGAAGGUGGUGCCUUUUUCUCUUUGCAAUGAAAACUGUCAUCAUGGAUAUAGAAGACAAAAGAAGGAGGGAGAGAAAUUUUGCUGUUAUGAUUGUGUUCGUUGUCCAGAAGGGAUGAUCUCUGAAAAGAAGGAUGCAGAUAUCUGUGUCCAAUGUCCACAAGGUCACUAUUCCAACCAUCACCAAAAUCAAUGUGUUCCCAAAACUAUAAGCUUCCUUUCUUACAAAGAAGAAUUAGGUAUCACCCUAGCUACCUUAGGUGUUUCCUUUUCUCUGAUCACAGCAUUGGUGCUUGGGACAUUUAUGAAGCACCGGAACAGUCCCAUAGUCAAAGCAAACAACCGAAGUCUUACCUAUAUUCUUCUGUUCUCUCUUUUUCAUUGCUUCCUGUCUUCUUUGUUUUUCAUUGGGCAACCUGGAAAAGUGACCUGCCUUCUCCGAUAUGCAACAUUUGCCAUCAUAUUCUCAGUAGCCAUUUCUAGUGUGUUGGCCAAAACCAUGACUGUAGUUUUGGCCUUCAUGUCUACCAAACCAGGAUCUAGGAUGAGGUCACUGGUGGGUAAAAAAUUAGCUUAUUCUGUUGUCCUUUCCUGCUCCCUUGUUCAAGUAGGCAUUUGUAGCCUUUGGCUAAGUACUUCCCCACCAUUCCCAGAUAUAGACAUGCUCUCCAUGAAUGAGAAUAUCAUACUGAAAUGUAAUGAGGGCUCAAUAACCAUGUUUUACUGUGUCUUGGGCUAUAUGGGCCUCCUAGCUAUAGUCAGCCUCAUUGUGGCUUUUCUAGCCAGGAAGUUACCUGACAGUUUCAAUGAAGCCAAAUUUAUCACUUUCAGCAUGUUGCUUUUUGUUAGUGUUUGGGUGUCCUUCAUUCCAACUUACUUGAGCACCAAGGGGAAAUCCAUGGUGACUGUGGAGAUCUUCUCCAUCUUAGUCUCUGGUGCUGGCUUACUGGCAUGCAUUUUUUUCCCAAAAUGCUAUAUCAUUGUUCUGAGGCCUGAGCUUAACAACAGGGGAUUCUUCAAAAACAGGAAAGAAUAA